AUGCAAAUCGGCAAUGUCCCCGUCAACCGGCACAUUCUUCGGGGCCUCUCCGAACUGUUUAACUCUCAACAGGACUCUGAUUGCGUAAUUAUCUUCUGUCGGGAACGCUGCUCCAAUCCGAUAUCGGAAGCGGCCUCAUCCUCGAAGCGGAAGGGUCCGGAUGGCGAACCCUCUCGCCAAGAAGUCUUCGGCGACCCCAUGCCCGGCCAUCGCUUCGUAUUGAGAUGCGCAUCGGAGCAUUUUAAAGCGAAGCUCGAACGCUGGUGCGAAGCACAGAAUGGCGAUGCCGCCCCAGCGCCCAGCAAGCGGCUGCGAGUGAGCUCAUCACGACGGACGGCGACAGCACCAUCAUCAUCAUCAGCUGCAGCAGCAUCAGCAGCAGCAACAACACCGGCUCCGACUACGCUCAGUUAUCCGCAGCUGCUUAUACCUCUAGGCAGUGCGGCGGAGGUGUCCAGCACCCGUGCCGCCAUCCAGUUCGCCUACACGGGUCAAGUGGCCGCCGGCAGCGUCCGCGAGGCUCUGGAGGUUCGGCGGCAGGGCGGCUACCUGCAGAUCCACGGCUGCGCGGCGGCGUGUGAUGAACUCAUAAAGAGACUGAUAAAGGAGGUCGCGUCCGACGAUGCGCUGUUAAGUACCGACAUAACGGGAGCGGUUGUGAAGCAAAAACGGAAGCCACAGGCUGCAGGCUGCUGGGGAAGCACUCAGGGCUUACGGAGCUUGGGGCUGCAGGCAGCGUUUGAGCUGUAUGAACACGAGAAUCUGUGGCCGGAGGGCGCCAGCGCAGACGCAAGCUUCGCGAGCGUCCUAUCAUGCGCUGGAGCAUCGCUCGUUUCUCACUUUGGCAGCACACUUGCCGUUCUCAACAGCCCCCUGCUCAACGAGCGGCUGUUGUCGCUGCCCGCCAUCGCGCUGGAGUUGCUCCUGUGCUCUGACGACUUGGCCACAGACUGCGAGUCCAGCGUGUUGCUGCUGCUGGCCACGUGGAUGCGGGAGAACUUUCACAAAACGAAUGACGAAGAUCGCAAGCGCCUGUGCCGUACGGUACGACUGGCUCAGCUGAGCCGGCCGUACGCUGGUACAAUCUUGCCAGCUCUGGCGGCGGACUACGAAUUGGCGUUGGGGGCCGAAGAAAAGCCAUCUGGCUGGUUUCCUUUGAACCUCGCGGACGCCCUCUUUACCUCGAGUGUCGUUAAUGCACAGGAGGACGAGCGGCUAAAGCUGCUGGCGAUGGCUCUGAACCAAGCUGACAAGGCCCCCCUGGCAUCUCAGUGGGCCUCAAUGAAACUGAACCGGCGGCCGCAGUGCAUACCGCCGACGGGCCUCGAAGUCAGGUGGCAUGUACGGCAGGAGGAGCUGCUGGCGGCACUGGCGCGCCUGCAACCUGGCAAGACGGCUAAGGUUUGUUGCACCUUCGAGGCCAGCGGCCGUGGCAUCAGCGACAGCGAUUGCAGCAUCUACAUCGCCGCCGGCUUCUCCUGGUCCCUUUGGAUUAAGAUGUUCUACGGGCCGCAGCGACCGUUUGCGGGGCUGUUUGUGCGGUGUGAGCUUCCAACCGCGUUUGCGGUGCCCGGGUCGAGGCUGUGUCUGGAGUCCGCCACCCGCAUGGUGGAGGCUGGAAGAGCUGAUAAGGUGGGUUUGCCUGGACGGGACAGGACAGGACAAGUAUCAAGAUGCCGUAUCAAGAUCCAGGUUGUGAGACGUACCCUGUACGUCAAGAUCUUGCUGUAA